AUGGUCAGCUACUCUACUAGUCCAAUGAACGUCAUGCGUUGCACGGUGUGUCAUCAGGAGUACAAACAGAUUGACAUGGUGGACAAUUACUUUGUCAAGGACACUUCAGAGGCCACAAGCACAUCAGUGGAGAACUCUACACAGGUUUGCACCAGCUGUGAAGAUAAUGCCAGUGCCAUUGGAUUCUGCGUUGAAUGUGGGGAGUGGCUCUGUAAAACCUGCAUUGAAGCACAUCAACGGGUCAAAUUCACUAAAGACCAUAAAAUACGCAAAAAAGAGGAAGUAUCUUCUGAAUCGGUUGGGACGUCAGGCCAGAGACCUGUCUUCUGUCCAGUACACAAACAAGAGGCCCUCAAGCUCUUCUGCGAGACAUGUGACACUCUAACCUGCAGAGACUGCCAGCUACUUGAACACAAAGAACACAGGUACCAGUUUCUAGAAGAAGCCUUUCAAAACCAGAAGGGCAUCAUUGAGGCCUUCAUGACUAAGUUGCAAGACAAAAGAAACUUUGUGGAGUUUUCUGUAUCUCAGGUGCAAAACAGAUUUAAAGAAGUUUCUGAGACGCAUAAGAAGGUUGAACAUGAGAUAAAAAUAGCAGUCUUUACUCUCAUCAAUGAAAUCAACAAGAAAGGCAAAUCUCUACUGCAGCAGUUGGAG